UGUGUGGACAUAAGUUUUCAACUCAUAUGUCUAUUUUCAUAAGAAACCGUCAAACUCUCUUCCAAAGUGGCUGCACCGUUUUGCAUUCCCACCAGCCAUGAACAAGACUUCCUGUGGCUCCACAGCCUUGCCAGCAUUUGGUGUUGUCAAUGUUUUAGACUUCUGCAAUUCUAAUAGGUGUGUGGUGGCAUUUCAUUGUUGAUUUAGUUUCCAAAACUCUUUCCUGAUUGUGCCUAUAUAUUUUUGGGGGGGAGGUGAGGAGGGACUCCCAUCUCGAAUGUUAGAAUCUUCCCAAAUGUUUGAUGAUCCUGGGCUAUCUGCUCUCGAGUAAGCAGUAACAGGGUUAAGCAAUCACCAAAAGCUCUCAACACGUGGGUGGAGAUGGUCAACUCUGUGCUUGUACUGAGGAGUGCUAGUAGCGAGUCUGGAUUCUGAACACGGAGCUCCCCGUUCCACCCAUCACCCAAGGCCAAGUGGAUGAGAACACGGAUUCACUUCAGGGGCAGAUGCCUAAUACCAGGAACGAGGCCUGGAGAUGUCACGAGGACUGGGGUCAUCUGUCCUGACCCUUGAGUGCAGUUUCCCAGUGAGCUUCACCCUUCCCAGGAUCUGUAAUUUCUAAGGCUGGAACACCCACGGAGCUGUCCUCUCCCACAGACAGCCUAUCUGCCUUCAGUCCUUAAGGAAUUUCUCAAAAUGUCUGGUCUUCUAAUAGUACUAACUGUUUUUCAGUGCACUUGUACAUUUUAAAAAAUAUGUAUAGUUGUUAUUUUUAGGAAUUUGGUGGCCCACUUGCGUAGUCUGUCAUCUUGACUUGAUCUAUCCAGGUCAUUUUGGGAAAACAAAGAUGUAGCUCCUCUCUGUCAAAUAAUUUGGACUCCUGAGGUAGAAGAAUAAAAAUUAAAAAAUAGAUAUUAUAGAAUUACCUAGUCUUUGACAGGCACUUUGUAUAUGUUAUUCAUUUUAUUUGCACAAGACUUUGAAAGGGAGGCACUAUCAUUCUCUCCGUACAGAAGAGUAAACUUCAGUCAGAAACAGCAGUGACUCGCGCGAGGUCCCCGCAGCAGCAGGGCGGGCCUGCAACUCUGACCGGUCGCUGACCUGCUUACUUGCAGACGAAGAAACCGAGGGCAAAGCAGACACCUGACUGGCCAGGGUGACUGUCAUCAGACGCCUCUCAGCUCCCUUGCACAUUUUCCUGUUACUGCUUCAAGUUGGAAGUUACAUAAUUUCCAGUGACAUUAAUAAGUAACAGCUUUUUGGUAACAAUACUGUGUGUGUGAGGCGAGGGUAGGCAGCAGCGAGAUGUGGAGAGAGUUCAAUAGCCCAAUCAGAGGCGCCCCAGGAAUGCAGAGUCCUCGACCUUGGCAGCACUGGCAUCUCUGCAGUCCCAAGAGCUCAAGCGGGGUCACUCCAGCUGGAACUGGAUGGUGAAAAAGCAAGCAUGAAGUUUACAGGUUUGUUUUUUCUUCUGAUUAUCAUUUUUCAAAUUGACUUUGGACAAAAUGAAGAAACUCCUAGGAAGCAAAGGAGGAAGAUGUACUACGGAAGAGUGAGGAAAGGUUCCUCGCCCACCCACAGAUCCAGCAGACAGCUUGGAAUUCAGCACACGAGGGUGGCCACACCAGCAGCAGCACUCCCCGUGGUUAACCUGGAUUACAGCACAGAGGAAAAGUCUGAAUCCUUUUCAAGUUUUCUUGGAGUAGAAUCAAGCUAUAACGUGUUACCAGGAAAGAAGGGACACUGUUUGGUAAACGGGAUGACCAUGUACAACCAAGCUGUGUGGUCUCCCGAGCCCUGCACCACCUGCCUCUGCGCGAAUGGGAGAGUGCUUUGUGAUGAAGCCAUGUGCCACCCGCAGACGUGCCCCCAAACAGUCACACCUGAAGGAGAAUGCUGCCCAGUCUGCUCUGAUACUGGAGCCUCCUAUUCACUGCCCAGUAUACCAUCCAGUACAGCACUAAAUGAUAGAACUGAAUUUUCUGGUGAUUCUUCAGAACAAAGACAACCUACCAAUUUACUUCAUAAGCAACUGCCAGCUCCUCAGGUGGAAACGGGCCAAGCACUGAGAAAAGAGGAAUUUCAAUUUGAGGAGGAUGAAGAAGAAACUAAACAAGAUGAAGAGAGGGAGCAAAAGAAAACGAGCCCUGGACCUGGAGAUCAGGGGAGGCUUCCCAACGAGGGGCACAGCAGAGUCGGGGGAGCACUGAGACCUAGACAGGAGGGGAGGUGGGCCAGUCCACAAGGAUACCCAGUGAGGGAGGAGGAGGACGACGAAGACCAGGAAGACGAGGACGAGGAGGAGGAGGAUGACGACACCAUCAGGGGAGAUGUGUUCAGGACGCCCUCUCGACACCCAGGCCCUGCUCCUCCCAGAGGCAUGCCAGCUCUGCCAAGCAGGUGCUCUCUGUCCUACAGGACCAUCAGCUGCAUCACUGCUGGCCUCACACAGAUACCGCCGCUGACAGCGCCAGGGAUAACAAGCCUGGAGCUCGUUGGCAAUUCCAUCACCUCCAUUCCAGAUGAAGCAUUCAAUGGGUUACCGAAUUUGGAAAGGCUUGAUCUGAGCAAAAAUAAUAUCACCUCUUCAGGCAUAGGUCCAAAAGCAUUCAAGCUUCUGAAGAAGUUAAUGCGCCUGAAUAUGGAUGGAAACAAGUUGGCAGAUAUUCCAUCAGAACUACCACCCACGUUAGAAGAGCUUAAAAUCAGUGAGAACAACCUUCAGGCCAUCGAGGAAGGAAGUCUGUCAGACUUAAAUCAAUUGGUCACCUUAGAACUGGAAGGAAACAAUCUCAGUGAAGCCAAUGUCAACCCUUUAGCUUUUAAACCUUUGAAGAGCCUAUCUUACCUGCGUCUGGGAAGAAAUAAAUUUAGAAUUAUACCACAGGGUCUUCCUGCUUCUAUUGAGGAAUUAUACCUAGAAAAUAACCAAAUUGAAGAAAUAACUGAAAUUUGUUUUAAUCAUACCAGAAAGAUCAAUGUCAUUGUACUACGUUAUAACAAAAUUGAAGAAAACAGGAUUGCUCCUUUAGCCUGGAUAAAUCAAGAAAAUCUAGAAUCAAUUGACCUCUCCUACAACAUGCUCUACCACGUGCCCUCCUAUCUCCCCAAGUCUCUGCUGCACCUCGUGCUCAUCGGGAACCAGAUCGAGCGCAUCCCUGGCUAUGUGUUUGGCCACAUGGCACCAGGCCUGGAAUACCUGUACCUGUCAUUCAACAAACUCACAGACGAUGGCGUGGACCGAGUCUCCUUCUAUGGAGCAUACCAUUCUCUGCGAGAACUGUUUCUGGAUCACAAUGACUUAAAAUCUAUACCACCUGGGGUACAAGAAAUGAAAGCACUACAUUUUCUGAGGCUGAACAACAACAAGAUACGGACUAUUCUUCCAGAACAAAUUUGCAAUGCUGAAGAAGAUGAUGAUUCAACCCUGGAACAUCUUCAUCUUGAAAACAAUUAUAUUAAAACAAGAGAAAUAUCACCCUAUGCAUUUUCAUGCAUAAGAUAUUAUUCAAGUAUUGUUCUUAAACCACAAAAUAUUAAGUAAUUCCAAGUUUUCCUUUGUCAUUUAUAAACUGUACUCAUAUAUUUGUUGCAGUAGCAAUUUUUCAUCAAUAAGAGAAACAUAAUGUCAUGUUACACUCGGUAUAAUUGUGCUAGUCAACCUGAUUCACCAGCCCACAGCUGAACAACAAAACCCACGUCUACCAGGUUCAGGCACCCAGCAGUUUAGGGUUUCAGUUGCACUCUGCAAAGCCAUCUCACUGCAGAGGUCUCCUCACGAGAAGAGGACAUUACGCACUGCUGAGCUGACCAGGAGAAUGGGGCAGAAAAUAAGCAUGUCCUUUACAAUAGAACUGAGUAUUGCUAUUAGCUGGGAACUCCCAAGGUCCCUUUAGAAAUUAUGUACGUUAUGGUUCAAGAUCAAGAAGUGUACGGCAGGAAGAAAAUAAAAGGUAGAAUUUAUGAAACAGUAUUUAGUUUAUCAUUCUACUGUUAAAACAACAAUUUACUAAUUUUCUGUAAGACCCUAAGCUACAAUUAUUGGUAUAAAUACACUUAAUAAUUGGCUUAACUUUAAUUGCUUCUAUUAAUUACAUGUGUGAAACUAAAACACUAUUGUAAUGUUAACUUCCCGGUUUUGAAAACUGUAUAGAGUUAAGUACAUGGUUAUUACCAUCAGGUGAAGCUGGGAGAAGGGUAUAUGUGAUUGAACGCUAUUUUGAAACUUUUCUGUAAGUCUAAAAUUUCUGUGUAAAUCUAGAAAGUUUAACAGUAUUUUAAGAUCGUCCUCAUUAUUCUUUACUCAAGAUCAAAAGAUUUUGGGGUUUUUUUCGUGAAGAAGAUGGUCUCUGAGCUAACAUCCGUGCCAACCUUCCUGUACUUUGUAUAUGGGAUGAUGCCACAGCAUGGCUUGACAAGCAGUGUGUAGCUCCACACCUGGGAUCUGAACCUGUGAACCCUGGGCCACCAAAGCGGAGCACGCGACCUUAACCACUACGCCACCAGACUGGCCCAAGAUCACAAGAUUUUAAUGACAGCAGUGGAGUUCGCUUAAAAGUAUGAGUUAAUUAUCCUUGACUAUAACCUUGUAAAUGUAAACCUAACACAUGAAUUUUUGAAAAUUUUUGCUCCACUGGUCAUUGUUAGCACCUAUCUUCUUCACCCUAAUUUGCUUUAAUGGAUCCUUUUACUCAGUUCAAUUUAACAUACAGCUAUUAGUAUUUACUAUGUACUAGAACUUACCAAAACCACAUAUUAAAAUUUAUUACAUAAUGAUCUUUUAUUUUUAUUUCUAAAAUAAUUUAUAAAAGACACAUAUAGAAACUAUGUUGA